AUGUCCGGCUUCUUUAAUACAGACAAAGCCAAUGGCAGGAAGCCAGCCGCCGCCUCCGACAAGAAUUCCACAGACGUAUGCCUCAAAGUUACGAGCCAGAAAUUUAAAACCAUGCACUUCAGGAUGCUGCGCCAUACUCCUCUUCAACAACUUGUUGAUGUUUACACUGGAAAAUACGAUGUUUUCAGCUUCCAGUUUCUCUAUAACGGCCAACGUAUCAAUCCCAAGCUCACUGCUCUCCAGUUUGGAAUGAAAGAUGGGGAUGAAAUUGAUGCAAUGCUGCACGCUGACGGAGGCGGUCGACUUCCACUCAAUGUUUUCAGAUACGACGUCGAGGUGUCGCUAGUGCGCGCUUUCGGGUGGAGCGACGGAGAAAAGCCCCGCAUGUUCAAAUCCAGGCGAGGCGAUGGAAAGGCGACCACUGGAGCGUUGGAGCGAGCGGCGGAGCGGAGGAGAAGCGGGGCGACGCAAAGAAGAUGA